AUGCUUUCCUAUAUAAUGUGCCUCUGUGGCUACUUUCUCUACUUCCUCCCUCCAGAUCCCUAUUUUCACAGGCUGGCAGAAUUGCAAGAGGCUGUCCAAAACCUUCAAGGCCAUGUGGAAAAUUCCAGCACCUGGAGUGUGGGGCUCCAGGAGUUGACUUGCAGAGUGGAUAACAUCAGUUCUCAGGUCCAGGUGUUCAGUGAUCUGCUGGAAAACACCAGAGCUGAAGUCCAGAAGGCAUUAAGUGAUCAGUUGAAAAAUGCCAAGAGAGAGAUACAGACCCUAAAAGAAGAAAUGAAGGAAGCUGUGGCCUUGAAUUCCAAGAUCCAAGUGUUACAGGGUGAUUUGCAGAAGGCCAACGCUGAGAUCCAGGGGUUGAAAGGGAAUGUAGAAGAAACCAAAACUCUGGCUGCAAAAAUCCAGGAGGGAAACCUUGGCCUGGUGGCCCUCCAGGAAGCCUUAGCAUCACAGGAGCAGCAACAGCGGACACAAAAUCAACUUCUCCAACUGAUACUACAAGGCUGGAAGAUCUACAAUGGAGCCUUGUAUUACUUUUCUGAAGCCAAGAAAACUUGGCAGGAUGCUGAGAAUUUCUGUGUGUCCUGGGGAGCUCACCUGGCCUCGGUGACUUCUGAGGAAGAGCAGGCAUUUCUGAUCACAGUCAUAAAGGACUCUUACCACUGGAUCGGGCUCACAGACCAGGGCACGGAGGGCGUCUGGCACUGGACAGACAGAACCCCGUUCAAUGAUGCCCAGAGCAGAAAGUUUUGGGAACCAAAUCAGCCGGACAACUGGGAGCACGGGGAAGGGAGGACAGAAGACUGUGUGCACACGAAGCAGAAGUGGAAUGACAUAUACUGCAAUACCACCUACCAGUGGGUGUGUAAGAAGUCCGGUGGAGGGACUACACCAGGCCCCAGCUGAGAGACGCUGCCCACCCGCCCCUGUGCUGGGGCUCAGCCUCCUCCCCAGGUCACCGAGUCAGCCUGUGCAUGCAGCUUGUUCUCAGGACCUUCCAUUGGGCUUUUCGUAUUCCCUGCUCAUGUCUUCCAAUGUGUUUCUCUCACAUGAUCCAGCAUUAGCAAUGGCUCCACAAGACAAGGGCUCACUGUACCUCGG